GAGAGCGCGAGAGAGAUGAAGCUGGUGAGGUUAGUUUAGAAGAAAGUAAUAAUAAUAGUGACACACACACAAAAAGAAUACAGAGGGAGAAAAGAAAGAGAAAGGGAACACUGGAAGUUUUUUCAUGGCAGAUGCAGAUGGAUCGAUCUUUGCGGGAACAGACUGCUCUUUUUUGGGGAUUUUUUUCAUUGGGGGGAAAUCAAAACUCCAGGUGUCAGAAAAGAAUAAAUGGUCAGCUAGGAAAAGCAAGAAACAGCAAUGAUUAUGAGCAGCAGGGUAGUAUAAGAAGAAGGGAGACUGUGUCUCUCCCAACCAGAAAGUCAUGCCAUGGUGCGCCGUCCAUAUACCCGACCUUUUUGUAUCACAGACCCCAAUGCAAGUUAAUAAGUAGUAGAGAGAUAAGAUCCAAAGUGGAGGAAGAAAGAAACAUGUUGGGAGAAGACCACCACACCAGAAUCCUAGUUCAUGCAAAGCCCUUGGGUAUCAAAUCCGCAAAUGAGAUCACCAUUUCCCAAUUCAAGCGACAGGCAAAAGACACGUCUCUUUAUGGACGCGCGCGCUAUAGCCACCCAAGAAAGAUCGGACGGAGACACGUGUUAAACGUGUUAAGAAGAAAGGAAAAUACUCGGAAAGAUAGGGGGAAGAAGAAAAGGCCAAGCCAGGUAUGGUCGUACAAAUCCUACAAAAUCUCCAAAACUCGACGGCGAUAGAUAGCAUCGAAUCGGUGCGGUAAACCAGGAGU